AUGAAUAAGACAUAUGCUCCAAAAAAUGAUCCGACUGCAAGAGAAAAAUAUGCCAAAGCAGAAUACGGAGACGAAAAAUCAGGACUCGGAGAAGGUACAAAAGAAAAAGUCAAAGAUGCAGUGACAGAAACUAAGAAAAAGGGAAGAAAUAAGAAGAGGAAACUGGCUAAGGUGACAGACACUACGACUGAAGAAAUCAAUACCACAUGGGCAGACACUACGACUGAAGAAAUCAAUACUACAUUGCCAGGUCGUAAGAAUGUGCUGAACACGAGUAGAACGAAAUCAAAUGGGAAAUCAGGUCCAAAACAAGAGCAAGUUAAGCCUAUAUUGACAGGUAAGUAA